UCCCGUCGUCUUUGUCAUCUCGAACACAAACCCUAGAUCAGGGUUUAAAGAUUUCCUUUUCAUCUAAAAUUCCCUCUCUUGAUUCUUCUUCGAUUACACAUUUGAUUUUACCAAACAAGAUCUUCUCUUUUGGUUGACAGGAAAGAAAAGUGAAAACUACACAGAAAUGGCAGCCCAAGCAGCAGCUACCACUUUCAGUGGGAACUUAAAGAAAGCACUUUCUGGUCUGAGGCGUAUUAAUCUAGAAGGUUUGAGAUGGAGGGUUUUUGAUGCUAAAGGCCAGGUUCUUGGAAGAUUAGCUUCCCAAAUUUCUACUGUAAUUCAGGGAAAGGACAAGCCUACUUACGCCCCAAAUCAUGAUGAUGGGGAUAUGUGCAUUGUGAUCAAUGCGAAGGAUGUAUGUGUUACAGGGAGAAAACUUACAGACAAGGUUUAUUACUGGCAUACAGGCUAUAUCGGCCACCUUAAAGAAAGAACUUUAAAGGACCAGAUGGCAAAGGAUCCUACAGAAGUCAUACGCAAAGCUGUGCUACGCAUGCUUCCUAGAAACAAACUGCGGGAUGAUAGAGAUCGAAAAUUGAGGAUUUUUGCUGAUAGUGAGCACCCCUUUGGUGAUAGGCCCGUUGAACCGUAUGUGAUGCCUCCCCGAAAAGUACGAGAAAUGAGGCCUCGUGCAAGAAGAGCCUUGAUUCGAGCUCAAAAGAAAGCUGAGGAGCAAGAGCAAGGUGGCAGCCAAAGAAAAGGCAGGAAGAAGGAAGCCAAAACAGAAGUUGCAGCAUGAAGGGUUAUUGAUCUCAUCCCCUCGCCAGAUAUCCAGUGUUUUCCAUGUUCAAAGGAAGAACAGGAACUGCAGAUUUCAUUACAAUAAUUGUCUUUGCUUACAUGUUUGCAAAAUUUCUUUCUCGCCCAAACAUAGCUAUUAUAGUUUUGCUUUCUGAGGUUCUAAUAUUUAGGCGCA